UUCACAGGGAAAAUCAAACUCGGAAUCAAUGGAUUUGGAAGAAUUGGAAGAUUGGUCACAAGAGUGGCUUUGCAAAGAGACGAUAUUGAUCUUGUUUGCAUUAACGACCCCUACAUCACGGCCGACUACAUUGUCUACAUGUUCAAGCACGACACUAUUCACGGUGCAUGGAAGAAUUGUGAGGUGAAACUUAAGAAUGCAAACCACGUAACAAGGAAUAAAAAGAAUGAAAAGAUUGUAACUUUUAGCCGAGAAGACGAAAUCCCUUGGUCCGGCCCAGGAGCCGAAUAUAUCGUGGAUGCCUCUGGUACUGCCACUGAAAUCGAAUUUGCUCAGGGCCAUUUGAAGGGCGGAGCAAAGAAGGUUAUUGUCACUUGCCCGUGUGAUAGUGCUUCUGCGUUUGUUGUGGGUGUCAAUGAGAAGGAAUACAAGCCGGAGCUUAAUGUUAUUUCCGGUGCUAGUUGCACCACCAACUGCCUUGCCCCCCUUGCAAAGGUCAUUCAUGAUAAAUUUGGAAUCAUCGAGGGUCUGAUGAGCACUGUUCACUCAGUUACUGCUAGCCAAAGAGGUGUUGAUGGAACAUGUCCUAAUGAUUGGAGACCUGGAAAAGCUACACCAACUAUCAAAGAUUGGAGAAUUGGAAGAGCUGCUUAUAUCAACAUCAUUCCUACUACUACCGGAGCUGCUAAGGCUGUUGGUAAAGCUCUACCUGACCUGGAUGGUAAAUUGACCAGAAUGUCAUUCCGUGUUCCUAGUCUUGAUGUUUCGGUGGUAGACCUAACAGUGAGGCUAGAAAAGCCGGCUACGUAUGAGGAAAUAAAAGCUGCCAUCAAGGAAGAGUCUGAGGGAAACUUGAAGGGAAUCUUGGGUUACACUGAAGAUGAUGUGGUCUCUACCGACUUUGAGCAUGACAGCAGGUCAAGUAUUUUUGAUGCAAAGGCCGGAAUUGCUUUGAAUGAUAACUUCCACAAGUUGGUCGCAUGGUACGACAACGAGUGGGGAUACAGCACUCGCAUCGUUGACUUGAUGACCUAUAUUGCGUCAUUUGAUUCAGCAUAAGGAAGCAAUAAAAGUAGUAUUGAAUCAAUGUCGAUAGUAUAUGUGUAGAUUUCGUUCAUGGUUAACAGAUGCAGCAACGGAAAUUUUUUUUUAUUCUAACAUA